UGAUCCAAUCCGGUUUGAGCUAGUUCUAGUACUGGUCGGACGUUAAUGUGGAGUUACAGACGACUCUGAAGGUGUAUGCUGAGGUGUAUACAGCUGACCCACAUUUCAUUUAGUUUCCCAAACGGUGAAAAGGCUGCGUUGUUCUUUUUUAUUUAUAUACAUCUGUCCUACAACCUCAGCAACAAUGGGAAGGAAAACUAAAACUACCAGCUCCGAAGCAAGCGACGAGCAGCCACAGAGAAAAUCUUUACGGUUGUCAGGGAAGGCACAGCCAGAAGCUUUGCCAGAAAAGAAAAAGGUGGCUCCCAAGAUCAAAAAAGCAGCCAAACCAGCAGCAAAGGCCAAGGCUGCCGAGGAGAAGAAAGACGAACCCGAGGUUGAGAAAGAAGAGACUCCUGCAGAAAACGGCGAGGGAAAAGCUGAGGAGAAGGCUGCAGCAGCAGAUGACGCAGAGGACAAAGCUGAUGAUGAGGAUGAGGAAGAGGAAGAAGACGACAAAGAAGCAGAGUAGUUGUGACACCCCAAGACUCACUUGCCAGGACUCCCUGUACCUCGUUUCUUGUACAAUGCAGAGAAUAUUUUUAUCUACUAUUUUCAUACGACAGUAAUGUUUUUAGGCACUCGAUUGCAGAAAUGCAUUUUUAAAAAUACUACAAAUUCCACUCAGUUUCAUGGCCUCUCGGUCAUCAUGUUGGUUUUUUUUUCCUUUUGUUUCUCUGGCUUCUUA